UGUCCAGUGUGUUCAUGUCCAGUGUGUUCAUGCUACAGGUGAUAAAUCUGUUCAAAUUAAAUCACCUUAAAUUCGGUUAAAUUAAACUUUAAAAGUGAUCAACGAUGAAGUAAGCACUUCCCUGGACUAAUUAGUGUGUGUGUGUGUGUGUGUGUGAGUGAGAGAGAGAGUGUGUUAUAUCUCAAGGUCACAGCGGGGUCAUUGGCCUUCUAGUUGUUUACUCGGGCGCGCGGCCAGCUGUUCGUGCUCGCGCAUGCAGGAGUCCUUGGAUCCGUGGUACGGCCUGGAUUAAAGAUCACGCGCGCGAUAACAUCCUGUGACUCCAUCCUCCGGUUCAUUCACACCGCCGCUGGUUUAUCGGUGUGUACCAGCGCGAGGAAGAGAGGCGUGUAAUUCGGUCAAAGGUCACCGUGUUGCUCAGUUCCCGAGCUUUAUAAAGGAGCUGAGCAUGUAGUCUCGCGCCUAAGAGACCGGAUGUGUGUUACCGUUCGGCCACUGUGAGGAUUUACUACACACCGAGUUUUACAGAACGGAAACAUGGAGUGUGAGUGUCGGUGCUCGGAGAGGUCUCGUGCGCACGCCAUCCUGUUCAACAUCCUCACCGGUGACGCGGAAGCCACCGACCUGAGCUACUCACCGUCCAGCCGCUGUCACUGCGACACGCGCCGCACCGUGCGCCUCAAGUCACGAGACACCUGCCUGGCGGCCUCAAGCGUGCUCGUGAAGACAGUGCGCUUCGUCGCGAGCGUGCCCGCGUUCCAGCAGCUUCCGGCCGAGGACCAGUGCGCGCUGCUGCAUCACUGCUGGGCGCCGCUCUUCAUCCUGGGACUGGCGCAGGAGCGCGUGAGCUUCGAGGUGGAGCACGAGCCUGUGACCAGCAUGCUGAAGAAGAUCCUGCUGAACCGAGAGCACGAGCGCGGAGAGAACCGAGAACAACCGACACUGAGCGGAGUCCAGAAUCUCAAAUCCUGCCUCAGGAAGCUGUGGAGUCUGGACCUGAGUCCCAAAGAGUACGCUUACCUGAAGGGCACCAUGAUCUUUAAUCCAGACGUGCCCGGCCUGCAGGAGGCGCCAUUCGUGGACAGUCUUCAGUGUGAGGCUCAGCGUGCUCUCAGGGAGGUUCUGUUUCUGCUGCACUCAGGUGAUGGAGGGACUUUUGGGCGUGUCCUCCUCGCCAUGUCCUCGCUGCAGAGCGUCACACCUGAUCUCAUCACUGAACUCUUUUUCAGACCCAUCAUCGGCUCCGCCCACCUCAUCCACCUCAUCACCGACAUGCUGUUCGCCAGGUAGACACACACACACACACUUGAGCUGAGAGAGAGAGGAUCAGCCAGAACAGGGAGGGAGAGUUGACCUGAGAACAUCACUGAAGAUCUGAGAUCACCAGAGAGCAUCCUCUCACUGAAACACACAGCGUGUGUGUGUGUGUGUGUGUACAUGUGCGUACAAACACACAGCUUCCUGUUUCCUGUACCAACCCCUGGUCAAUCCCCCAACCCCUGAGUGACUCCGCCCCGCUGUGUGACUCCACCCUGAUGUUAUUCACACUGUUCUGGUAGCUGAACAUCAGCGCAGGGUUCUCUACACUGAGUACAGUGACGUAAUGAGGAGGUGUUUUACUGAGAGGUUCUCAAGAGUACUUUUUUAAAGAAGACAUCAAGCCCACUACACUGACCACACCCACUACACUGACCACACCCACUACACUGACCACACCCACUACACUGACCACACCCACUACAGCAGUGUAACGGAAUGACUGUUUCAGAUGUGUUGUGUUCAGUCACACAGUUCAAUCAUCACAGCUUUUACACUUUACUGUGUGUGUGUGUGUGUGUGUGUGUGUGUGAUGUAACGCUGAGGCUGCACUAGUCUCCAUGAGACUGUUAUUCACUAAACUAAUUAGAGUUUUAAUGUCUUUGCAAAUUUAUUUGAUGCUGCAAUAAAAUCUAUUUUUCUACACAAA